CGACUUCACAGGCAGGCAGGCGGAGAGGAGCGCGCUCGCGCAGGACAGAUGCUUAUUUCUGGUGAUUAACGGCAGAUCUGUGACGGAAGUUCAGAACAUAGCCCGAGCCUGACCGAGAGCACGCGCUCCUUUCCUCCAGAGUGACCGCAGCGGCGCUGAGGGAAAGUUUCCAGGCGGUAAUCUGUCCUCGAGACUCGGGGACAUCAGCUCGAGCACAGCCUCCUGCACCGCGCCGUUAUUGAUCACUUUAACUCUUUAUUCCCGGUUAUUUUGUUGUUGUUUAUUAAAAGACUCCAGGAUGAACGUGUUCCGUCUGGCCGGUGACGUGUCGCAUCUCCUCGCCAUCAUCAUCCUCUGCAUGAAGAUGUGGAGGUCCAAGUCCUGCGCAGGUAUCUCAGGGAAGUCCCAAAUGCUCUUUGCGUUGGUCUUCACCACCAGAUAUCUGGACCUGUUCACCAUCUUCAUCUCUCUGUACAACACCAUCAUGAAGGUGGUGUUCCUGCUCCUGGCCUACACUACAGUGUAUCUGAUCUACAUGCGCUUCAGGAACUCCUAUGACAGUGAGAACGACUCGUUCCGUGUGGAGUUCUUACUGAUUCCUGUUGCUGGGCUCUCCUUCCUGGAGAACUACGCCUUCACCCCCCUGGAGAUCCUGUGGACGUUCUCCAUCUACCUGGAGUCAGUGGCCAUCUUACCACAGCUCUUCAUGAUCACCAAGACGGGUGAGGCCGAGUCCAUCACCACACACUACCUGUUCUUUUUAGGACUGUACCGCGCCCUCUACCUGGCUAACUGGGUGUGGCGCUACCACACGGAGGCCUUCUUCGACCAGAUCGCCGUCGUCUCUGGAGUUGUGCAGACCAUCUUCUACUGCGACUUCUUCUACCUCUACUUUACCCGAGUGAUAAGAGGAAGUGGGAAGAUGUCUCUGCCAAUGCCAGUGUGAGGAUGUCUCUUGGCUCCGCCCCCUGAUGUGUGUCACACCCCACUUGAAGUCAUUCAGCAUUUAAAAGGAAGAUUUUUAGAGAAACUCUAACACCCCCCCCCCCACAGCCUGAGGAAAACACACAGAAAUGUGCCUUAAUGUACAGAUUUAACUCUUCUUUUAUAAAUAUAUAAACGCCUUAUUGUUAUUCCUCAAGAAAAGAGCACACAUGCUUAUGUCUUCCUCUACCCUGUCUGUCUGUCUGUGUGUGUGUGUGUGUGUGUGUGUGUGUGUGUGCGCGUGUGUUGUCCUGUAGAAGGGAUAAACAUGUAUUUUAUUGUUUAUUUGAGUGCAUGAGCUGUGUUUAUUCUGUCUGUGAUCAGACACUGUCUAAUCUGUAACCUCUCACUAAUGUAGCAUGUCUGCUAGCUGUAGUAGCUUCUGGGUCAUGCUGGACCCUCUAUGCUGGUCCUCUAUGCCGGUCCCUCCAUGCUGGUCCCUCCCCUCCAUGCUGGUCCUCCAUGCUGGUCCUCCAUGCUGGUCCCUCCCCUCCAUGCUGGUCCCUCCAUGCUGGUCCCUCCCCUCCAUGCUGGUCCUCCAUGCUGGUCCCUCCAUGCUGGUCCCUCCCCUCCAUGCUGGUCCUCCAUGCUGGUCCCUCCCCUCCAUGCUGGUCCCUCCCCUCCAUGCUGGUCCCUCCAUGCUGGUCCUCUAUGGUGGUCCAUCCAUGCUGGUCCUCCAUGGCCAUGCUGGUGCGCCAUGGUGGUCCUUUCAUGCUGGUCCUCCAUAAUCAUGCUGGUCCUCCAUGCUGGUCAGCAUCUGGACCAAUCCCCAUGUUGUUUCAGAACUGGACCUUACUCAGCAUUAUUGACCAGAUUUAUAAUGAGAAGUCAGUGGAUGAUAACUGACUGAAUAGAUGGCAGGUUGUGCACUCUGUGUGUGUGUGUGUGUGUGUUUCACAUUGUGUUAAAACAGGAGUAGUAUCCGUUCCAAAGAGUAUAAAGUGAUGUUUUUUUUAAUUCAUAAUGAGAAUUGAUUUUAGUUAAGUGUGUGUGUGUGUGUGUGUUGGCAAUAAAGGAUAGUAUGUUUGUGCGUG